AUUGUUCGAAUUUCAACAAAUUUAACAUUAGUCAAAAAAUGAUUGAGGAAAUAGAUGACAUUUGUAUUUGAAAAGAUGACGAUAAAGAGAAGAAAAGCUUGCAGGAAAUUAAUUACUCGAGAAGUUUCAACAGGUCGUGAUAAGGUACAUAUGUGCAUGGAACAAUACGAACGAAUGUUUCGCUCUUACCGUGAACCAUGCACUCCGGUAGAUGUUUUGCACUACAAACCGAUUACUAACGGAAAGGAUGGAAUUAAUUGUGAUGAGCAUAUACUUGUGAUGUGCAAUAAUCAGACAUUUGUUGUAUUCACUCGACUUGAUGGUGUUCCAUUGUCACAAGCAGAAAUAACGAAGCAAUUGGAAAAAGUGAUUGAAAUGAGUAGAACUGAUGGUAAUAAAAUGAAUGAUAUUAUUAUUGGUGGUGGCAGUGCAGGUGAUCGUGAUGAUGCUGCUAGAUUUUGGAGCUUUAUGAAGGAAGAUAAACAGAAUCAAAAGGCAUUAAAUUGGGUCCAAUCCGCUUUAUUUGGUGUAUGCAUUGAUAUUCAUAGCGAAAUAAAAUGGUCUGAGAACUAUGAAAGUAAUUUGGCAUUUCGUGGAAUGCAUUUAUUACACGGUUUUGGAAACAAAGCAGCAGGCUUAAAUCGAUGGUAUGAUUUGAGCAUACAGUUGAUUGUUGCGAGUGAUGGCACAAAUGGAUUGUGCAUUGAACAUUCGGUUGCAGAAGGAAUUGUACUCAUAAACUUGGUCGAUUAUACUAUGCAAUUUGUGAAACGAAAUAUUGGGAAGCAAAUGUGGGAUGACGUAAAGAAUGUAGUACCGCUACAGCUUCACUGGACUGUAUCACCAAAUGCCAAACCAAUUCUUCACAAGCAAAUUGAAGUCUUCAAUGAUUUGGCGAAUGAUUUGAACUUAAAAGUGCUAAUUUUUGAUGAAUUUGGUAGAGAAUUCAUCAAAUCAUGUAAUAUCAGCCCGGAUGGUUUUGUUCAAUUAGCGAUGCAACUUGCUUACUACAGAUUACACGGACACUUAGUAUCAACAUAUGAAAGCGCGUCCAUUCGACGAUUUCGUUACGGUCGUGUAGAUAAUAUUCGUGCUGCAACACCAGAAGCGUUACGAUGGGUGCAAGUGAUGCUUAUGAAAAAUAAAACAAAAGAUGAGAAACAAAAAUUUUUCGUAGAAGCAGUGAAGAAACAGGCAGAAAUUACACUUGAGAAUAUAACUGGUCAUGGUAUUGAUAACCAUUUAUGCGCGCUUAAAUUGCUUGCUGAUGAAGAAGUGAAAGAAGGCUUAUUGCCAAAAACACCAGAUUUUUUUCUAGAUCCUACAUGGACAGAAACUAUGCGAUUUCCGUUAUCAACAAGCCAGGUAACAACUACUGCCUCAGUCAACGAUGCAUACCUCUGUUAUGGACCUGUUGUUAAAGAUGGUUAUGGUUGUUCAUAUAACAUUCAACAACAUUCAAUCAUCUUUGCGCCAUCCUCAUUUAAAAGUUCUCCUGCAACAAAUGUUGAACAAUUUAAGAGAUGUUUGGUCGAUUCAUUGCAUGACAUUCAAGCAUUAGUCACGCAAUAG